AUGCAGUCCGUGCCCGUGCCGGCGCCAGCCCCGGUCCCUCCCGCGGAGCAGUCGUUGCUCGACAAGAUCAUGGAGCAGAACCCCUACUUCUCCGCGGGUGCUGGGUUGAUGGGCCUUGGCGUGGUUCUCACAGGCCUCCGCACCGCCUCCAAGCUCGGCGCGACGGCCGCGCGCCGCCGCCUCCUCAUCACUCUCGAGAUGACGUCCAAGGACCGCUCGUACCCGUGGUUCCUGGAGUGGAUGGCCGCGCAAGCCGCGCACUCGCGCGCCGUCCCGCCCGCCGACCGCGGCCUCCUCGGCGCCAUCCGGGGGCGCGUGACCCAGCUGCCGUCGCACGAGCUCGCCGUCGAAACGAGCGUCAAGCAGCACGAGAACGGAUCUUCGGAUGCGGUGUUCAACCUCGUCCCGGGUCCUGGUACCCACUACUUCUCUUACCAGGGUCACUGGUUCCAGGUCCGCCGCGAGCGCGACUCCAAGCUUAUGGACCUGCACUCCGGGACGCCGUGGGAGACGCUCACGCUCACGGGGUUGAGCGCGUCGCGCGCCGUUCUCCCCUCAUUGUUGGACGAAGCGCGCGCGCUCGCGGAGCAGGGCAGCGUCGGCAAGACUGUCGUGUACACCGCAUGGGGCGUGGAUUGGCGGCCGUUCGGCAAGCCACGCUCGCGCCGCGAAAUGGGGAGCGUCGUCCUCGCUGAGGGUGUGGCGGAGCGCAUCGAGCGUGAUAUUCGCGCGUUCCUCGGUCGAGGGAAGUGGUAUGCUGAGCGAGGUAUCCCGUACCGCCGCGGAUAUAUGCUCUACGGCCCUCCCGGCUCAGGCAAGACGUCCUUCAUCCAGGCGUUGGCAGGCAGCAUAGGCUACAACAUCUGCCUGAUGAACCUGGCUGAACGCGGUCUCACCGACGACAAGUUGAACCACCUCCUCGGCCUCGUACCAGACCGCUCCAUCAUCCUGCUCGAGGACGUGGACAGUGCGUUCAACCGCCGCACCCAAACGACCGAGGACGGAUACAACAGCGCAGUGACAUUCUCGGGCCUCCUGAACGCGCUCGACGGCGUCGCGAGCAGCGAAGAGCGCAUUAUCUUCAUGACGACCAACCACGCCGAGCGCCUCGACCCAGCACUCAUCAGGCCCGGCCGCGUGGACAUGAAGGAGCUGCUCGACGACGCGCACGGCGAGCAGGCGUGCAGGUUGUACACAAAGUUCUACGGGCACCGGGCGGGGGACAGCGCGCCCGAGGACGGCGAGAGCCCCGAUCCCCUCCUCCGGUCCGAGCACCUCAGCGAGGACGAAGUGCGGGCGUUGGGAGAGCAGGUCGGCCAGAUCGUGGACCGCGCCAGGAGGGAGGGACGGUCCGUCAGCAUGGCCAGCUUGCAGGGCCACUUUAUCCGGUCGGGAGCCCGGGAGAGCGUAGCGGGCAUUGAUGCGUUGUGCGUCGCACGCCCUUGA